AUGCUUGAAGGCGCAGACUUAUUGCUAUGUCCGACCUGUGGUACACAGUUCGACACACCUGCAGACAAUCCACCUUCCGGUCACUGCAGAAUAUGUGAUGAUCCGAGACAAUAUAUCCCUGCCACUGGACAAGCAUGGACGAGUUUGAAGGCUGAAGCUGGAAAACACGAGACCAAGUGGAAGCAAGAUGAGCAUGACAAGCGUAUUUGGUCCAUCUGGGCUGAGCCAAAGAGAGACAGGAGAAAAUUGCACCUCGGUAUAGGACAACGCGCCCUCCUCCUCCAAACACCUCACGGCAACGUCCUCUGGGAUUGUAUAGCCUACCUCGAUCAACAACUCAUAGAUUUU